ACAAGCCUACACAGCCUGGCCCGAAGAAGAGCUCUGUGUGGCUCGGAAGCUCCUUUCUCCCACCAACAGAAGCUGGCUCCAUAACAGACAUCCCCUCCCACACCCCUUGUCUCAGGGGACUUGGUAACCCCCCUGCUGGCAGCAGAGAAGAGCUGCCAGGGGCUGAGGCUCAGUCUGUGCAAUAAGUCAGCAGGCUCCACGGCUGAAGUGUCACUCAAUCUGCAGUCAGCUGACUCGGCUCAGCGAGCUGCUGACAGGCUGCGGCGCGGGGAAGUCUGUGGUCAGCUGACUGCGCUCCGAGAUCAGCUGAUGGCCUCCAGCCCUGGCGUGGGUGAGGGGUCCCGUGCCCGGCGUUGCAGAGACAGCAGGAAACCAUGAGGUUCCGGUUCUGUGGAGACUUGGACUGUCCCGACUGGGUCCUGGCCGAAAUCAGCACCUUGGCCAAAAUAUCCUCGGUGAAGCUGAAGCUCAUCUGUGGCCAGGUGCUCAAGGACCUGCAGGGCGAGGGGAUUGAUUAUGAAAAGAUCCUGAAGCUAACUUCGGAUGCCAAGUUUGAGUCUGGGGACGUGAAGGCCACUAUUGCCGUGCUCAGCUUCAUCCUCUCCAGCGCGGCCAAACACAGCGUAGACAGCGACUCUCUGUCCAGCGAGCUGCAACAGCUGGGGCUGCCCAAAGAACAUGCCACAGGAUUGUGCCGGUCCUAUGAGGAGAAACAGAGCCCCCUACAGGACAGCCUGAGGGCACGCAGCCUGAGAUUGAACCGUCUGGACUCUGUGUCCUGGAGGGUGGAUCACACACUCAGCUCCAGCGAGCUCCAGCAGGUCAACGAGCCCCUCGUGCACCUGAAGUUCACUGUGCGAGACGGGGACCGAGGCGGGACGGAGCCCUUUGCCAUGACCAUGUCGGCAGAGAAGUUCCGGGUCUUACUGGCAGAGCUGAGACAGGCCCACGCCAUGAUGAAAACUCUCAGCUGAGGAGGGCAGCGAGCGUGGAAGGAGCCAGCUGAUUGUGCAGCGGCCCGUCGGAGAGUCUGGUGGGUGCGGUUCCUCCGAUGGGGAUGCUCCUCGCUGCACACAGCUACAGACAGUGCCUGGGCAGAGGUUGGAGUGCCUGGGCUCUCUCCUCCCUUCUCAGACCACUGCAGCUGAAACUGAUGACUGCUCUUCCCACUCUUGCUGGCUGCUGUCUCCCCUGCCCACCUCUCUUGCUGUGGAGUCACCUCCCUGCCCCUCCUCCAACCUGCCUACAAGCCCUUGUGCUUCCAGGACCCCCACCCCAGGACCCAUCCCCAGAGCAAUGGUGGAUGGGGGCUUCUGCAUCUGCUAACGAGAUCUCCACCUCGAGACCAGCUUCAGCUCGGAGUUCCCAUAACAAAGGUGUCCAAACCCUUGGGCCGUGCCACCGUGUAACACACAUGCCUCCGGAGAAUACCCAGGCCUGCCGGCUGGAGGCUAACUUAACAGUGAAAGACCCUGAAAUCCCCUGCCCAGCCCUUUGUUGGUGGCUCUGUUCCUGAACAGCUGCAGGGAGCUGAUCUGCCCUUUUGCUUCUGUCUGAAUUGUCUCCUGUGGCUACUCCAGGGCAGGUGUGCGGGCUCCCAUGUCUCCUCUGGAGACGUAGCGUGCUGCAGCCCACCAAACGCUGCAGCUCGGCCAGCUCCACAUCACCUGUUGACUGAACUCCUGCAGCAAUCCGGGAUGCCUGUGGCUGGGGCAACUCUCCCAGUCGUACAUAAGAGGUUGGGAAGUUUCACCAGCUGAAGCAGAUGGAGCGUUCUCUAGUCCCUCCCUGCUCCCCCGCAUCCCUCCCCUAAAAAGCACUUUGCCGCUGUUCUUUCCACUUCCUCUAAAGAAACCUCUUGCCUGUGGGGGGGAUAAAUGCAGCUUUUCUAUCUUUCCUUCUCCGCCCCCACCCCCUCCGCACCUACCACCUUUUCCAGGGCAGCUCAGUGCAUGGAAUAAAGGAUUAGCAGGAACAUGCAUCUGUGAAUCUCUCCAUGCGUUUCCGGUUGGCCUUGGCACAUGAAGCCAGUUAUAUAUAGUUGCCUGUUUUGCCAGUGGGAUCCAAUAAAGCCACGUGGUUAACAAAGGCAGCGCCCCACAGGAGCGUUUUUAAUUGGCACUGCUGCCUCCCUUGUUACCCCUGUGCCCUCAUUUCUGAAACCCUCAUGAGAUGGGGAACAGAGACUUGUCUUUAAAUAACUGGAGUAAAUCUUAAGUCAGGGAUCAGCAACCUUUUGCACGCGGUCGGUCAGGAUAAGCCCCUGGCAGGCCAUGCCAGUUUGUUUACCUGCAGCCCCUGUUGGCCUAGAACGGCGAACCGUGGCCAGUGGGAGCUGCGAUCGGCCGAACCUGCAGAUGCUGCAGGUAAACAAACCGGCUCGGCCCACCAGGGGCUUACCCGGAUGGGCUGCAUGCCAAAGGUUGCCGAUCCCUAUCUUAUGUAUUUGAAAGGGAGGAACUGAUGCCACAGGCAAAAUUAAUCAUACCGGCAGGUGCUCUAUAACCUAUUCCCAGCCCCUGCAGCUCUGUCAAUGUCUCUCCAUCCCACAUACACCCUCCCUGCUCCUUCAGUCUUGAUCUUUGUAGAAACCAGAGCCAGGGUAGGCAAAGUCCAUAAACUAUUCGCUCACCCCAGCCUUGUCUUGUAGCAACCCUGGCUAGUCCAGCCGUUGCCCCAGGCACAGCUCUGGUAACACAGCCAUCGGGGGACCAGUUGGGUUUUGGUAACUUCAUUUAAAUUGUGCUCCGUUUACGUUGGCCCCUGCCACUGGUGCCCUAUUGUGCUAACCCCCUUUCCUGGCUACAGCUCAGGGCUCUGAUUUACAGGAAAUUCACAGCUUGGGGAUCACGCAGUUGCUCCUUUAAAGCAAAGUCAACAUAGCCCGAAGGCAGUGAAGUGGGUAACCAUUUUAACUGCAACCUUUGAAAUAAUUUGGUAAAUUGCUGCUGAACAGCAAAAGACCAGGGCAGCCCUGUAUUUUUACGAACAAGGCCAUGUUCCAUUGAAUUGAAAGGCAAUACAAUUAAAAUGGUACAAACAA